CCGUAAAUAUCUUCCGUUUAAGAUAUUUAUAUUUAAAGAGUAAUAAUUAUAUUUAUGAAAUAUAUUAUGUACGGAAACUAUUUGUGCAAUUUGAUAAAAAGCAUUACAAUCAUAAUUUAGAAAUAAAAUUAUUAUUUUUUUAAAUUAAUUAUUAUAAUAAUAUAUAAAUGUUAACUUAUUGUUUAUGACAUGCAAUUAUUUAUUUAUUUUAUGUGUACUGAAUAUAUCAUUUUUUUUUUUUUUCUAUUCAUUAGUUAUAAAUUUAAUAACAAUUUUUAUAAAUCCAGUAAAACUUUUAUAUUUGAUUUACAUAAACCAAUAAAAACAAACAAAAAAACGAAAAUGAUUGAGUGAUUAAAUGAAAAAUAAUUUUACGUUCUCACGGUCAAAUGAAAAAAAAAAUAAUAAUUAUGAGCAUUAAACCGGUUGUUAAUCAAGUUAUAAAUUAAGAAUAAUUUAAUGAUAGCAAUCUUUAUAUCUAUUUUAAAUUAAAGCUAAAAAAUGAUCAUCACUUGAAAUAAAAUAUAAAUAAAUAAAAAAGUAGAUACAGGGGAGAGCGCGUGUCCCUAUUUCAGAUCGAUGGACUUUCAUCUUCUGUUCAGUUUGAAUUUCUUUACUUAUGUCGUGUAAGAGAUCAAAUGGUGGCAUGGUGGGAUGCUUUUUCAUAUCAAAUGUCAAAUUACUUGAUCAUUAAUACCAUACAAAGUUGUUGAAGCGAAUGCAUAAUUUUAUUUUUUUAUGUAUUUGUGUAUUUAUUUACAAUAUAAAUAAGUACAUACAGAUCUAAAUAUGCUGUUACUGUAUAGAUAAUUUUCUUUAUAAUUAUGAUUAUUUUACAGCAGAAAAACUGGACACUGUAACACUUACAACAACAUAUCUAUUAUCCAUGAGAUGACUUUCACUUUUGCCAUACAACAACUAAACUCAUACUCACUAACAAACAAAAAUUAACAGUAUAUCAACCAGUAGGAGUAAUUCGGAUUAAACAGAUUUACCAUUUUAUUAUCAUUUUUAUUUUAAAUCUUAAAUAAUUAUUCGAGUGAAACAGUUUAUCGGACCCUUGAUCUUGACCACGCGAUUACAAUUAUUAUUCUGGUAUAUAUAUAUAUAUAUAUCUAAUAAAAAGUUAAAUUGAUAUUAUGAAGAUUAUAAUUUUUUUAUUAUUGUCAUUGUUGUUAUUUGUUGGAAAUAAAUUUAUUGAUGCGUAUGACCCAAAUGAUGAUAAUUUAAAAAAUAUAUUAUUGCCAGACGGUGAAUUUGAAGCAUUUUAUUUAAAAGGAUCACAAAGUAAAGAAGAAAAUGCCGCACGUCCACCGCAUUUACACGGAUCAUAUCACGCUUAUCGUCAUCCUGGAUUGGUAAAUGUACCAAAUAGUCCAGCAUACGGUUUUCGUUUUGAUGGUAAACGAAGAUUUAAUUACGAUUAAAUAUUUUUACGUAGUGGAUACUAAAAAUUCUUAGCUAUUUAUAACAUAUCCAGUGAAUAUGAUAGUAGUAGUAUAGUAAUAACAGUAUCAGCUUUGAUGUAGAGAAUAAUCUACAAACGUAUCAUUAAUCGCGAAACCAAAAGAUCUAUCUCGAUCAAUUCCUGUUUUCAUACAACUCACAACGUCCUGUGUGGUUUUUAAUCUUUUUUUUUAAAUAAUUUCUAAAUUUCUAUUGGAAAAUAAAUUUAAUAAAAAUUUAUGGUGUUAAUAAUAUAAUUUUUUUUUCAACAAGAAUAUAUAUUAAAUAUUAAAAAAUAAAUAACUUUGUGACUUGGUUGGUUUACAACUAUAAUUUAUAAUAAUAUUUUAGCUAAAGUUUUUAUUACAGUUGAUAUACGAAAAAAAAGUUGUGGUAAUUAUAGAAACUUGUGUGCAUACUUUGAUCGAUCAAACACUGCUUUCUAUAAGUUAUUUUAUGUACUAUUUGCUAAAUUAAAUCAAGAAGAGUUGCUGAUUAAAACCAUUCAAGGACACUGGUUUUUCUUAAUUUGAGCUGUAGCUGAGCAAUUAAAAUUGCCAUUAUUGAAAAAACAAACCCUGUAAAAACUUGGUUUUUAUUAGAAAACUCUUUACUACUUUCUUCGCUAUUGUAAAUGAUUUUUUUGUUUUUCCCAUAAACAUUUAACGUGAUAUGUUUUCAUUUUCAUUACUGUCGGUAAUUAUAUCCAAUAGAUGUAUACAUAUAAUACUUGUACUACCAAAAAUCUGGGUAAAUAUGUUAUUAUUCAAAAAUAAAAAUUAAUGGCAACUAUUAACAUGUGAUGAAAACUUGAUGAUGAUAUUAUUAUUUUUUAUCCCAGAAAUAAAUACUCUUUUUAGUUGGUGAAAUUCUGUACAUAAUAUAUAUGUUAAGUAUUGGAGGUUUUUAUUUAUUUAU